AGACGAUUUGCCGUCUGUGUUGCAGAUGGCGUAGCCGGACAUCGGGCGCUGUGUUAGCUGCGCUUUUAUUAUUAAAUGAAAACAAUAUUUCAAGAACUGUUUUCCAGAGGCUUUUAGUUAAAUUAAUAUUUUACUACAUAUCGCGUGUUUGUGAAAUUUCAUAGCUAUUUAACUCGUUUGUUUUGUACAGUAUUUAAUAUUGAGCCCUGAGCCCGGUUAGCAUCUUUGUUGAAAGUUUAGGCCUACGGUGCCACCGCUGGUCGAUUUUAACAAUAGCUGCGAAACGCUGGCCUCCAUUGCUUGUUUGGAUUCAUUCCCGGGAUUGUGUUCCAGCCGCAGAAGGAAAGAGUAUGGGCGAUAAACACGUUUUUGUGUCUUUUAGCAUGUAAAGUUGACGGGCUUUUAUUUUGACUGGAGCUGAAGACAUUUUGCGAGCUGCAUCACAAAUUAAGGAUCACAAAGGAAGAUGUCCAACGGCGCCGCUGGAAACGGGGGGCUGGCUUGGGUGGACGCUUCUAACGGGAGAGGUGACAUUGGAAAAAUGGAAGGAGGAAAGAAAGACAAGGCGGGCUCCAAGCUGUCAGUGGAGCGGGUGUACCAGAAGAAGACUCCUCUAGAGCACAUCCUUCUGCGUCCAGACACAUACGUCGGUUCACUAGAGCCGCUCACUCAGCAAAUGUGGGUCUUCGAUGAAGAUGUUGGCAUGAACCAGAGGGAAAUCACCUACGUUCCUGGACUCUACAAGAUCUUUGAUGAAAUUCUUGUCAAUGCAGCAGACAACAAACAGAGGGACAAGAACAUGACUUCCAUCAAGGUCACCAUUGACCCGGAAUCUAACACCAUCAGCGUGUGGAACAAUGGUAAAGGGAUCCCUGUGGUAGAGCAUAAGGAUGAGAAGAUGUACGUUCCAGCACUGAUCUUUGGCCACCUGCUCACCUCCAGCAACUAUGAUGAUGAAGAAAAGAAGGUCACAGGUGGAAGAAACGGCUACGGCGCGAAACUCUGCAACAUCUUCAGUACCAAGUUCACAGUGGAAACUGCCUGCAAAGAGUACAGACACAGUUUCAAACAGACAUGGCAGAACAACAUGACCAAGACAUCUGAGCCCAAGAUCAAAUUCUUUGACGGGGACGACUUCACCUGUGUGACGUUCCAGCCAGAUCUCGCCAAGUUCAAGAUGGAGAAACUGGACAAAGAUAUCGUAGCACUUCUAACCCGCAGAGCAUAUGAUGUAGCUGGCUCCUGUCGAGGAGUUAAAGUCUCGCUGAAUGGCAAAAAGUUACCUAUUAAUGGCUUCCGCAGCUACGUGGAUUUGUAUGUAAAAGACAAACUGGAUGAGACGGGCGUCGCCUUGAAGGUGAUCAAUGAAACUGUGAAUGAUCGAUGGGAGGUUUGCCUCACCAUGAGUGAGAAAGGCUUCCAGCAGAUCAGCUUUGUAAACAGCAUCGCCACAACAAAGGUUUGUAAAGAUCAGAUUGAAAAGGAUGAAAAAGUUUUAAAAAGAUGGAUUAACAGAGAAGCUGUGUGUGUGUGUGUGUGUGUGUGUGUGUUUCAGGGCGGCAGGCACAUUGACUAUGUAGUGGAGCAGAUUGUGGCAAAGCUUAUUGAAGUGGUGAAGAAGAAGAACAAGGCUGGCGUGUCAGUCAAACCCUUCCAGGUGAAGAACCACAUCUGGGUCUUUGUGAAUGCUCUGAUUGAGAAUCCAACCUUCGACUCUCAGACCAAGGAGAACAUGACUCUGCAGACCAAGAACUUUGGCUCCAAAUGUCUUCUGUCGGACAAGUUUAUCAGAGCUGCCACCAACUGUGGGAUUGUGGAGAGCAUACUGAACUGGGUCAAGUUCAAAGCUCAGACCCAGCUGAACAAGAAGUGUUCAUCUGUGAAGUACAGCAAGAUCAAAGGCAUCCCCAAGCUGGAUGACGCCAAUGAUGCAGGUGGCAAACACUCCUCUGAAUGCACUCUGAUCCUCACCGAGGGAGACUCAGCCAAGUCUCUGGCUGUGUCCGGUCUGGGAGUCAUCGGUCGGGAUCGCUACGGCGUGUUCCCACUGAGAGGCAAGAUCCUGAAUGUGCGAGAAGCAACUCACAAACAGAUAAUGGAAAAUGCAGAGAUAAACAACAUCAUCAAAAUAGUUGGGUUGCAGUACAAGAAGAGCUACGAUGACCCAGAGUCCCUGAGGACUCUGCGCUACGGCAGGAUCAUGAUCAUGACGGAUCAGGAUCAAGAUGGCUCCCACAUCAAAGGUCUUCUCAUCAACUUCUUCCAUCACAACUGGCCCUCCUUGCUGAAACACACAUUCCUGGAGCAAUUCAUCACACCUAUUGUGAAAGCGACUAAAAACAAGCAGGAGCUGGCCUUCUACAGCCUCCCAGAGUUUGAAGAGUGGAAGAAACAAACAGAGAACUUUAAAACCUGGCAUAUAAAGUACUACAAAGGUUUGGGAACAAGUACAAGCAAAGAGGCAAAGGAAUACUUUGCUGACAUGGAGAAGCAUCGGAUCACCUUCAGAUAUAACGGUGCUGAGGACGACGCCGCCAUCACUCUGGCCUUCAGCAAGAAGAAGACCGACGACAGGAAGGAGUGGCUGACCAACUUCAUGGAGGACAGACGUCAGAGGAGGAUGCACGGCCUGCCAGAGCAAUUCCUUUAUGGAACUCAGGCCAAACAUCUCUCAUACAAUGACUUCAUCAACAAAGAGCUGAUUCUGUUCUCCAACUCAGACAACGAGAGAUCCAUCCCAUCCUUGGUCGAUGGCUUGAAACCGGGUCAGAGGAAGGUGCUGUUUACUUGCUUGAAGAGGAACGACAAGAGAGAAGUGAAGGUGGCCCAGCUGGCUGGCUCGGUGGCUGAGAUGUCUGCCUACCAUCAUGGAGAGCAAGCUCUCAUGAUGACCAUCGUGAACUUAGCCCAGAACUUUGUGGGGAGCAACAACGUAAACAUCCUGCAGCCUCUGGGUCAGUUUGGUACUCGCAUCAAUGGAGGCAAAGAUGCAGCUAGCCCCCGUUACAUCUUCACCAUGCUCAGUCCCCUCGCCAAGCUGCUGUUCCCAGCCGUGGAUUUCAAUCUGCUCAAGUUCCUGUAUGACGACAACCAGAAGGUGGAGCCGGAGUGGUACAUUCCCAUCAUUCCAAUGGUGCUGGUGAACGGAGCGGAGGGCAUUGGGACAGGCUGGGCCUGUAAGAUCCCAAACUACGACCCCAGGGAGAUCGUCAACAACAUCAACAGAAUGCUUAACCACCAGGACCCCUUACCCAUGCUUCCCAGUUACAAAAACUUCAAAGGGUUGAUCCAUGAACUGGGCCACAACCAGUACCUGGUCAGUGGAGAAGUGUCGGUCAUCGACAAAAACACCAUUGAGAUCACAGAGCUUCCUGUGCGGACGUGGACUCAGGCCUAUAAGGAGUCUGUGCUGGAACCCAUGCUCCAGGGAACCGACAAGACUCCAGCGCUCAUCUCUGAUUACAAGGAGUAUCACACAGACGCCACUGUUAAGUUCAUGGUCCGCAUGUCUGAGGAGAAGCUGGCUCAGGCCGAAGCCGUCGGCCUCCACAAGGUCUUCAAGCUGCAGUCCAGCCUCACCUGUAACUCCAUGGUGCUGUUUGACCACAUGGGCUGUCUAAAGAGGUACGACUCAGUCCAGGACAUCCUCAAGGAGUUCUUUGAGCUGCGUCUGCACUACUACAAGCUGAGGAAAGACUGGUUACUGGGGAGCCUGGGGGCCGAGGCCGCCAAGCUGUCCAACCAGGCUCGCUUUGUGCUGGAGAAGAUCGAAGGGAAGAUUUCCAUUGAAAAUAAAUCUAAACGUGAACUCAUCCGCAUGUUGGUGCAGAAAGGCUUUGAAUCAGAUCCAGUGGUGGCUUGGUCCAAAGCUCAGGAAAAGGCUCAGGAGGAAGACGCUCUGGACGGGAAUGACAGCGACAGCUCCGUGGACUCCGGCUCCACGUCAGGUCCAAACUUCAACUACAUUCUCAACAUGCCUCUGUGGUGCCUGACUAAAGAGAAGGUGGACGAGCUGCUCAAGCAGAGGGACCAGAAGAGAGGCGAACUCAACGACCUGCAGAGGAAAUCCCCAGAGGAUCUAUGGAAGGAGGACCUCUCUGUCUUCAUCGAAGAGCUCGAUAAUGUCGAGACCCAGGAGAGAGAGGAGCAGAACGCGGGGAGGGCCAUCAAGCUGGUGAAGGGGAAGGUAGGCAAACCUAAAGUGAAGAAGCUGAACCUGGAGGAGACCAUGCCUUCGCCGUUCGGCCGCAGAGUGGAUCCUCCGACUCAGCCCAUCAAAUCUGACGCAGCCAAGAAACUGACCAAAAAGAAGAAGGGCGACUCAGACACAGCUGUAAAGUUGGAGUUUGAUGAUGAUGGUGAAGGAGCAACUGGAGAAAACUCUGUAGUAAGCAAACCCAAAGCUCCACGAGUCAAGAAAGAGAAGAAAGAGCCGGGAGCUCCCAGAGUGAGGAAGCCUCCUGCUCCUAAAGGAGCUUCAGUCAAGAAGGUGAAGAAGAGAAACCCCUGGUCUGAUGACGAGUCCAAGUCAGAGAGUGACCUGGAGGAGAACGAACCCAUCAUUCCUAGAGAGACCAAGUCUCAGAGGGCAUCAGCUUCCAAGCCAAAAUACACGUUUGACUUCUCAGAGGAGGAGGAAGCCGACGAGGAGGAAAACGGAGACGACGACGUGGCCUCCUCCCCGGUGAGGUCCGUCAAAGAUGACUUUGGUUUCUCAGACACCAAGGACCGAGACAGCGACCAAAAUGAGGACGACGAAGAGGAAAACAACGAAGAUUCCUACUCUCCACCCCCCAAACCACCCGUGUCUGCACCCGUAGCUAAAAAGAAAGCCAAACCCAGCAUCUUCUCAUCCAAGUCGGCCUUCUCUGAAAAGAGCAAUGAUAGUGACGGCUCCAGGUCGGACAGUGACGAUGACGCCGCUCCUAAGUUCUCCACCUACUCAAGCAGCUCAGCAUUUGACAAAGUAUCACCAGCAAAGAAAGCUGCAGCUAAGAAACCGUCUGAUGCAGCUCCCAAACCCAAGAAACCACCAGCACCCAAAGCAAAGAAACCAGAUAAAUCUAUUUGGGACUCUGACUCAGACACCGGUGACACCAGCUCCAAGAAGCCAGCACCAGCUCUCAAAGGUAAAGUUCGGGGGAGGAAGAGGAAGGACUCUGGGUCUGAAGACGAGUACAGUCCAAUGAAAAAAGCUCCAAAACCUGCAGUCAAGAAGCCUCAGAAGCCUCCGUCCGAUGAUGAGGAAGAAGACGACGAAGACAACAGUCAGAGCACCAAGCGAGCCGCGUCCCGUGACCGGCCGGGCCGGGCCAGGAAGGAAGUGAAGUACUACCACGACUCUGAAAACGAGGAAGAUGACGACGACAUGUUUGAUUAAACUCCCAUCCAGAUCCACUCCGCUUGUUUGGAAGUUUCCUCCUCCUGUGUUCCCUCAGACUUUUGUACAUUUUCCUGUUUUAUUUUUUCAUUAAUGGUGGCGUUCAAUGAUUUUUAAUGUGUAGGUGUUUUACACUUUUUAUUAAUAUACAUAUACAGGUUUGUUUUUUUACGCUCAUUGAAACGUUCUGUAUUUGUCUGAAGCAGCUUUUAGGGAUUUAGAGCGCUGGUCUUUAGCACAUUUUAACUGUUAUGAUACUAUGUAACUUUUUGGACAUGAAGUUGAAAGUAAAGAAUACAAAGUUCA